CCUCCACAAAAAUUUGUUGCGACGCGCCCACCUCAAGCACUUUUCGCGUCCUGCCCUUAGGUUUCGUCUAUCAAUUGUAUAAGUCCUUCGCGCCAAAAAUGACGUCCAACGGCGACCUUGCGCUUGAGCCGAACAAGACCUUCGACACCAUCUUGGUGCUCGAUUUCGGCUCACAAUACUCCCACCUCAUCACGCGACGACUUCGUGAGCUCAAUGUCUACUCGGAGAUGCUUCCAUGUACUCAGAAGCUGGCCGAGCUGUCCUGGAGUCCAAAGGGUGUCAUUCUAUCCGGCAGUCCUUACUCCGUCUAUGCAGACGGUGCUCCUCAUGUUGACCCCGCUGUCUUUGAGCUAGGAGUACCAGUACUUGGAAUAUGCUACGGGUUGCAGAUGCUGGCGUGGCACCACGGAAAGAACGUUGUUGCUGGCGAGAAGAAAGAGUACGGACAUGCGAAUCUGAAUGUGCAGAGGCACACGUCGGAGGCAGCGCACGUUGAUGCGCUGUUCACAGGGCUGGAAAAUGAUAUGGAAGUCUGGAUGUCUCAUGGAGACAAGCUUGCACAGCUUCCUCCCAAGUUCGUCACGAUAGCCACUACCGCGAAUGCACCAUUCGCUGGUAUCGCUCACACAGAGAAAGAGUUUUACGGCAUUCAGUUUCACCCGGAGGUGACUCACACUCCCCGGGGGACCGAAGUCCUCAAAAACUUUGCGCUCGGUAUCUGUAAAGCCAAGACUGACUGGACUAUGGGGAAGUUUGUUGAUCAAGAGAUUCAGCGCAUCCGCAACCUAGUUGGCGAGAAGGGUCAGGUAAUAGGUGCAGUCAGUGGAGGUGUGGACUCGACUGUUGCUGCCAAGCUCAUGCAAGAGGCCAUUGGAGACAGGUUCCACGCAAUUCUUGUCGACAAUGGUGUCCUCCGUCUCAACGAGGCACAGACUGUGAAGGAGACCCUCACAAAACAUCUUGGCAUCAACCUAACCGUCAUUGAUGCUAGUGAGCGCUUCCUUGGCCGUCUGAAGGGCAUCACAGACGAUCCAGAGAAAAAGCGCAAAGUAAUUGGAAACACUUUCAUCGAGGUUUUCCAAGAAGAGGCAAAGAGGAUCGCACAAGAAGCCCAGAACACAUCCAGAGCUGGCGAGAUCGAGUGGCUUCUACAGGGCACACUUUACCCCGAUGUCAUCGAGAGCAUCUCCUUCAAAGGCCCAAGCGCUACCAUCAAGACUCAUCACAACGUCGGUGGGCUAUUAGAGGGCAUGCAUCUUAAGCUCAUUGAACCACUACGGGAGCUCUUCAAAGAUGAAGUCCGCGUUCUCGGAACCAAACUCGGCAUACCAGAAGAACUCGUGUGGCGACAUCCAUUUCCAGGUCCGGGUAUCGCAGUCCGCAUUCUAGGAGAAGUUACCCCUGAGCAAGUCCGCAUCGCUCGCGAAGCGGACUACAUUUUCAUCGAGGAGAUCAAGAAAGCCGGUCUCUACCGUAAGAUCAGUCAGGCUUUUGCUGCACUUUUGCCUGUCAAAGCAGUUGGUGUGAUGGGCGACCAGCGUGUUCACGCCCAAGUCAUCGCUCUCCGCGCGGUUGAGACUACUGACUUCAUGACUGCGGAUUGGUAUCCCUUUGACGGAGAGUUCCUUAAGAGGGUCAGCCGCAGGAUCGUCAACGAGAUCGACGGCGUGUGCCGUGUGGUCUACGAUGUGACCAGCAAGCCUCCUGGAACUAUUGAGAUGGAAUAAAGACCAGCAGCCCGGAAGCACCGCGCUCAGGUCUUCCUGGUGGGACGGAAGUAGAUGCAAUGGAUUCUUGUAGCAGGCGUUCAUAGACCUUGAAUCUGUGUCCCACAGACACGCCCAACCACAUUGCACGAGAAGUGCUUGAAAGAUACCCACCUAGACUAUAGAUCUGAAAUGACAUGAUACAAUGAAUACA